AAUUUAUCUUACUUUAUUUUUUCCUACUUUUCUUUUUCUUUCCUCACUCACUUUCUCACUGCUUACAUCCAUAUUCCAUCCUUCGCUUCAGUAAUGAAACUUACCAUUAUGAUACGAUCGGGUUCAUGGCCGUUGCCUCAGCCAUUUGGAUUUGGCUCACCGGCAUCGGAGCUCGGUUCAACUCCAAUGAAUGUGCUUACCACCACCGCCUCCUCCCUUCGACUCGGCCACCUCAUCCACCAUGCCGUUAAGCCUCUUCUCCGCUCCUACUUUCAGAAACUGGGUCGUCUCAGUCACGGGCCCAGGUUAGGGGUUUCUUUGGUUUCGGCAAGUUGGGCUCGAAUUUUUCUGUUUGGCGAGGAGGAAAACGGAAAGGAAUUGAGAAAACAAGGGAUUUCUUUUUCUGACUCCAAGUCGAACACAUCUAGUCCGAGUCCAUUCGAGGACAGGGGAUUGACCAAUGUACUUCUUGCACUUAAUGUGGCAAUUUAUAUUGCACAGAUUGCAUCAAAUGGAAGGUUAAUAUCUUGGGGAGCCAAGGUGAAUAAUCUGAUAGAGGAAGGGCAGCUGUGGAGGUUGGUGACAUCUGCAUUUCUGCAUGCGAAUGUUGGGCAUCUCUUGGUUAAUUGUUAUUCUUUGAACUCUGUUGGGCCAUCUGUGGAGAAAAUUAGUGGUCCUGGGAGAUUUCUUGCUAUCUACUUUGCCUCUGCAAUUUCAAGUCCAGCGAUGAGUUGUAUGUUCAGCAGUGAUCCUGCAGUUGGUGCAUCAGGAGCAAUCUUUGGACUCGUUGGAUCUGUUGCUGUGUUUGUGAUGAGGCAUAGAGGCCAGGUUGGAGGGGGCAGAAGACAGUUACAGCAUAUAGUGAAUGUAAUUGCUUUAAACAUGGUUAUUGGACUAGUAUCUCAAGGCAUUGACAACUGGGGACAUUUAGGAGGCUUGCUUGGCGGGGCUGCAGCAUCCUGGGUUCUUGGACCUGUCUGGGACUAUGACACUAGACCUACAGAUGGUAGAAGAAUCUUGGUUGACAGAGCUCCAAUUUUCAAUUUGAUCAAUUGGAAAAGCAGAUCGUAGGUUUAUUGUCCUCAUAUUGUUGUUCAAUAAUAAACUAACCAAAAGAAGAUGCAAAGUUAAAGGGAGGAUUUUUCUCCCCUCUAUUGAUAGGUAAAUAAGUGUAUUUAUUUUAAUAAUGUAUAGUUUAGUUGUCAUUAAAAUCUUAUUCCACAAAUGAUUAGUCACUACAUUCUCCUUAUGCUUUUAUUGCUAGCUAUUAAUCAAAUGUAUUUGCUUACAAAAUAAAUAUAAAAAUAUGGGUUCAAAUAUUUAAUGAAAAUUUUGGAUUAUUUUC